AUGAAUAAUCAAGAAAAUCAAUUGUCAGACAUGUUAGAAGUUUACAUAUGUACAAAAUUGUCAGAACCGGAAAUAAACACGAGGAGAUACAGAAAAGGUAUGACGGUUAAUGAUCUUAAAAACAAAUUGGAAAUGAUCACUGGACGAUCAGCUGGUACGAUGAUCCUAUCGGCUUACGAUAAAGAGAAGUUGGUAGCCAAACUGGAUGAUGACGAUUCACAAUUGGGAUCAUAUCCCAUUGAAAACGGUAUGUUUUUAUUGGUCGAUGAUCCAGCAUAUGAGGCAGAUCAGGACGCUAUUGAUGGCUACAAGAUGACCGAGGAAGAAUAUAAUGCUAAACAAGAAACAUUGAAGAGCUUUUUAAAGAAUAACAAGCUGGGAAAGUACAAUCCAGAAUAUCUGAAACAACGAGAACAAGAAAACCUAGAAAAAGAACAACAAGAGAAUAUGGAAAAAGAACAAAUCGAUAAAAUGGAAGUUGGACAGAGGUGUUGUAUUCGACUACCAAACAAACCCGCUCAAUAUGGCACAGUUAUGUACAAAGGACGUUUGGAUGACAAAAGUGGUUAUUGGGUUGGAGUUAAAUAUGAUGAACCAUACGGCAAACAUGACGGAUCUUUAAAUGGAAAACAAUAUUUUGAAACACUUCCUAAGUAUGGAUCUUUUGUUACUCCUUCAGCAGUUGAAAUUGGUGAUUUUCCAGUUCUCGAUGAUGAACUUUAA